AUGUUUGUGAAAAGUGUCGAUGCUUUUGACUAUGCCAACACGGGGGAAAAGCUAGCCGAGUUGUUGGACACUUUUAUUGAGGAAAUAGGUGAAAUAAAUGUUGCUCAAUUGAUUACCGACAAUGGAAGUAAUUAUGUAGCGGCAGGUAAAAUAUUAUGUUUGAAGAGGCCAAACAUGUUUUGUACUCCAUGUCAUGCCCACUUUAUAGACCUUAUGUUAGAAGACAUAGGCAAAAUUCCAAAGGCUCUUAAGGUUAUACAAAAUGGAAUUAAGAUUGCGGGCUACAUUUAUAACCAUACUUUUGUUUGA